CUCCUCCUCCUCGCGCCACACAGGAAACGCCAAUCCCCACAGCCACCUCGCGCGCUCUCCGCCUCGUGCGCCUCGUCGUCGUCGUCGUCGUCGGUGCUGGUGCUCUCUCUGUGUCACGAUGGACGGGGCGGAGGCGGGGGCGGGGGCGUGGGCGACGAUACGGGGUUACUUCACGCCGGCGACGCUGUUCCUCGUCGUGAACCUCGUCAUCGGCACCAUCGCGCUCACCUCGCGCUCGCACCAGCGCCGCCGGCGGCAGGCGCACCUGUACGGGCAGUACUAUCACCACGACGGCGGCCCCGGGCACCCAGAGAUGAUGCGUCAUGAUGAUCGGUUGCAGCUGCCGCAGGAGUACGGCGACGGCGGCGGCCUGUACUACGGCCAUCAGCAGGGGACGCUGUAUGUUCCGCCGCCGCCUGCGCCGGCGCAGCUCGCGCGGACGUCCUCCGUUCUCGACCGGCUCCGCUCGUUCGGACUCUACCGCUUCCGCUCCGGCGACUUCCCUCCCGAGUUCGCCACUGCUGCGGCGGCGACGAGCCACGCGGAGGAGGAGGUGGUCUCUCCGGCGGUGGAUGAGGUGAACCAGACGCAAUACGCGAGGAGCCGGUCGGAACCGGCGCCGGCGCAGGAGGAGAAGAAGGCGAAGUCGAGACUGAGGAACUCGAGCUCCGAGGUGAGGAAGGCGGAGGUCGUGAGGGCCACCGCGAGGGUGGUCGAGGCGUUCCCGGAGGAGGCCACCAUCGACGGGAGGGCCGACGAAUUCAUCGACGAUUCUACACCGAAGCAGCGAGAUCCGCCGCACCAGCAAGAAUACGUCCCUCCUCCGGCACCAGCGCCGGCGCCGCUCGCGCGCACGUCAUCCGUCCUGGACCGCCUCCGCUCGUUCAGCCUCAGCUUCCGCUCCGGCGACCUCGCCGCCGCAGCAGCAGAAGCAACGCCCGCACAUGACGCUGCCGCAGACGACAAGAAUCAGUCGGCGCACUACGCCAGGAGCCGGUCGGAGCCGAAGACGAAGAAGCAGGCGGCGUCGGAAGCCAAGAUGACCAAAUCAAGCUCGGAGGCGAGGAAGGAGCCGGCGGCGGAGGAGGCCGACGACGGCGUGGACGCCAGAGCCGACGACUUCAUCAACAAAUUCAGGCAGCAGCUGCAGCUGCAGAGGCUCAACUCGCUGCUCAACUACAAGGAGAUGCUCCGCAAGCAGUAGCCAUCGCUCACCAAGAACAAAGAAGAGUUUGCAGCAAGCUCGCCAUGCUCCCUGUUGAUUAAUUAGUAGCAGUGCUAAAUCAAUCAAGAAUUUGAUUAUAUAUAUGGUGUUAAUUACACUAUGAUAAUACUAGUUGCAAGGUUUUUGUCUUGACAGAAUUCGCUUGUGAGUUUGUGAGGAUCAUGCAUUGUCUGCUUCCAUCAACAGACGAGCACAUUUCAUUUUUUGCUAUUGCUUAUAUUUAUAAGCAAAAAAAAUAGAUUUCCAAUAUUAACUUUAAAGUUGUUUUUAUCGUAUUUUAUUUUUU